AUGGCAUAUCUUCAAAACGUCAUUGCACUUUCACAAGUCAUUCCUUGUCCGUGCGAAUUGUGCCGUCGUGGGUUUCGAGCCAACCAAAAAAUGACAUGGAACUUACUACUGCGCGUCAUCUUCACAUCACUUCACUCCCUGGAUCCGACGAAGGAAUACUUUUCGUUGGUCAAUGAUAUCUACACAUUUGUCCAUUCCCAUUACGCGUUCUUCUUUCACUUGAAACAAUUCCAACACAGAGAGUCGGUUUGGAAAAAGGCGAUGGUGGACGCACUGUCGCACUCGAAGACUUUUAAGACGGGGUUUCCCGUGUUUGGCCUCAACGGGUUUUGGAAAAUGGUUGAACACAAUAAUCCGUGGACGUCCGAAGAAGUCAAAGAAGAGAAGAAUGAGAGCGCCAUUGAUAUGAAAUUUAUCCACAACGCAGAAGAGUUGCAAAGACAGAAGAUCCAACGGAAUGGGACUUCCCCAAGUCUCAUUAAUAUGUGUUACCCACUGCUCCACCCCACCUCCACACCAUUUAGAACUUCAGCAACACAACAUCUCAACCUUCAAUUAACAAAAGAAGAAAUUCCUUUACUCAAUCAAAUUCUUUUAAAUAACGCAAAGAGGACAACGCUUCAAAACAAUGAAAUUGAAAUGAAAAAGGAGGACAAAAGUGAAAGUAAGACAAAGAAAGAGUGUGAUGAUAUCUCCUCCAGUUUUGUUGUCAAAUUGUCGCAUUGCGAUGAGGUGGGCGAUGACGACAAUCAAGGUUUUAACACUUUUUACAACGAACAAAACAAUUGA